CCCCUUUAUUGCUCUUACUCACUUGAAGUCUUACCCCGAGAUUCGUUUAUAAAUUACUUAUAACCAGUUUGCAUCGUUUAUAUAAAUUUAUUGCAAACUCUGUCUCUAUAUACCUACUACCUAGUACAUACAAAAUAUUAAGCUAUGGGAUCGCAAACGGCAAAGCCCAAUGGGGCGACAACAUCCAGACCUGUCUUAUUCUUCGAUAUCGACAAUUGCCUCUAUCCCAGAAGCACUAAAGUCCAUGACCUGAUGGCCGACCUCAUCGAUGUGUACUUUGCGACACAUCUCAAUAUUCCAGAAGAGGAAGCCAUCAAGUUGCACAAGGAGUAUUACAGGAACUACGGUCUCGCGAUCGAAGGGCUGGUGCGCCACCACCAGAUUGACCCCUUGGACUAUAACGCCAAGGUUGACGACGCUUUACCCCUAGAGGGCAUCAUCAAACGGAACCCACAACUGCGGAAGCUACUUGAGGAUAUCGAUACCUCCAAAGUAAAACUAUGGCUCUUGACUAACGCCUACAUCACACAUGGCCAAAGAGUUGUCAAGCUCUUAGGCAUCGACGAUUUAUUUGAGGGCCUUACGUAUUGCGACUAUUCGAAAGAUCCCAUCAUAUGCAAGCCGCAUAAGGAUAUGUUUGCCAAAGCGAUGAGGGAGGCUGGAGUAGAGAGAGCCGAGGACUGCUAUUUUGUCGAUGAUUCGUAUCCAAACGCAGUCGGUGCGAAACAGCUGGGAUGGACAGCAGUUCACUUAGUCGAAGAUGGUCUACCGGUCCCAGAAACCCAAGCAUCUCAAUACCAGAUAAGGCAUCUGGAAGAGCUACGAGGAGUAUUUCCGCAAUUCUUCAAAUCAUCAAAUCCGGCAUAAACGGCGCGAGGCAUGGAGCUCGGGAAGUGUUGGUCGCAUGGUAUAGCCCAGUCAUUUAGAGGAGAUCAUUAGCAUCAGAAGGGCAAUAAAGCCCAUAUCGCAUAGUAUAAACGACUAUUAUAGACCACUUU